UCUUGUCGCGGUCCCUCAGCACUGUGAGCCAUUGGCGGGGGGGGGGAGGGGGGCCGCUCCUUGGGCUCUUAAAGGGGGCACGGCCCGCGGGGUGGGGCCACCGCGGGUUGAGAUGGAGCGCGGCCCGGCGGAGGAGACGCCCCCCAUGGAGCCGGGCCGCCCCGGCCGGCAGCGGGCCCCCGAUUGCAUCCGCCGGCAGAAGCGCCGGGAGCUGGACGCCCGUCGCAGCAAAUGCCGCAUCCGCAUCGGGGGGCACCUGGAACGCUGGUGUCGCCUCAAGGAACAGCUCGGCUUCGCCCUCCACUCCCAGUUGGCCCAGUUCCUCCUCGACAGGUACAGCUCCCACGGCUGCGUCUGGAGCCCAGGCGAACCGGAGCCCAACCUUCUCCAUGCCGAUGCCCUGCAGCGCCUGGUUGUCCUGUCCCACGGUCACGGCCAAGAGUGUGGUUUUGUCCCCGACGUGAAGCCCCCGGCUCCGGGCAGCACGUCCCAGCUGGUGUGGGAGUGCGUGGCCGGGCACAGCUUCUCCUGGGGUGUCCCCGGGGCGGUGGGGGACCGUACCCCCACAACCGGCCUCCACAGAGAGGAACAACAGGAGGACUUGGGGUCCAGCUCCCCACCGGUCACCGGCCGCCGGCGCUCGCUCCGGCAAGCAGGGCUGGCCACCGAGGCCGGGUCCGCGAAGGGUGAAGCCGAAGUGGAGGGAGCAGAUCGGUCACCCGUCGGUGACGGGGAUCGGAGGGAAGAGCCGGGAGCUGGUAGUGAUGAUGGUGACGAUGGCAACGCAGAGUUGGUGGCACCAUCACGAAAAACAAAUGUCUGGGCCUUUGCUGGAAAAAGAGCUCCCCAAGUGCCGAUGGAGGCAGGGACCAUGGCAAAAGAUCACGGGAGCACAGUCAUCCCGGAGGAGAAAGCGGAGCAGGGGACUGAGCCCCAGGAAGAGGAGGAUGAGGACUUUGCCGAGGACGAUGACCUCACCUACACCGAUGACCUGCGGGAUGAGAACUACCAUCCAUCUCUGGACAGUGACUCUGAGCCGCAGCGACGACAAAGCCAGACCAAAGCCCGUAAGAAACCCAUAAAAGAGGAGCAGCCCCCAAAGGAGCCGAGCCCGACCAGCUCCAGCCCAUCGGAGGAGAAGAGUGGGCGAGUCAGCUGCAAGAGGCGAGCGCGGCCGUGCGACGAGGACGUGGCCCAGAUCGGCCCCAAGAGGAUCAGGAAAGCAGCAAAGCGGGAGAUCCUCCUGUGCGACUUCGAAGGCUGCGGCAAGAUCUUCUCCAACCGCCAAUAUCUGAACCACCACAAGAAGUACCAGCACGUCCACCAGAAGACCUUCACCUGCUCAGAGCCCAGCUGCGGCAAGUCCUUCAACUUCAAGAAGCACCUCAAAGAGCACGAGAAACUGCACAGCGAUAAACGGGACUAUAUCUGCGAGUUCUGCGCCCGUUCCUUUCGUACCAGCAGCAAUUUGAUCAUCCACCGGCGCAUCCACACCGGGGAGAAACCCCUGCAUUCUGUUUUCUCCCAGGUGCGAGAUCUGCGGCUUCACCUGCCGCCAAAAAGCCUCCCUCAACUGGCACAUGAAGAAACACGACGCCGACUCCUUCUACCAGUUCUCCUGCGACAUCUGCGGCAAGAAGUUCGAGAAGAAAGACAACGUCACCGCCCACAAAAGCAAAAGUCACCCCGAAGUGCCCGGCGGAACCCCCCAAACCGAGGGGGGCCAACAGCAGACGGCACCGUCCCCACCGCUGAACUUCAGCGCGGGGAUGAGGGAGCACCCGGAGGCACCCGGAACGUUGGCUGUGGAACCCUUGGAGAUGCCGGGGCUUGGGGACACCUUGGCGAGCGGUGGUCCAACGGAGCAGAUCCCAUCGGCUGAGUAUCGUGGGGGGAUCGGGCAGGAUCCGGACGCGCCCCGAGGCCGGGUGAUGGACGGCAUUGGCUCGUAGCAGGACUCAGCCUCCAGUUCUUGGCCAAAGGAGGGACCAGAGACGAGGAUGGGACGCUGAUGGACCCC